AUGAGCGCCUGCGGGAGGAAGGCGCUGACCCUGCUGAGCAGCGUGUUUGCCGUGUGCGGCCUGGGCCUGCUGGGCAUCGCCGUCAGCACGGACUACUGGCUAUACCUGGAGGAGGGCGUGGUCCUGCCCCAGAACCAGAGCACGGAGAUCAGGAUGUCCCUGCACUCGGGCCUGUGGCGCGUCUGCUUCCUCGCAGGUGAGGAGCGCGGGCGCUGCUUCACCAUAGAGUACGUGAUGCCCAUGAACAGCCAGCUGACGUCCGAGUCCACGGUCAACGUUCUGAAAAUGAUUCGCUCGGCCACACCGUUCCCUCUGGUCAGUCUCUUCUUCAUGUUCAUCGGGUUUAUCCUGAGCAACAUCGGACACAUCCGCCCCCACAGGACCAUCCUGGCCUUUGUCUCCGGCAUCUUCUUCAUCCUCUCGGGCCUCUCUCUGGUGGUGGGCCUGGUGCUGUACAUCUCCAGCAUCAACGACGAGAUGCUCAACCGGACCAAGGACCCGGACACCUACUUCAGCUACAAGUACGGCUGGUCCUUCGCCUUCGCCGCCAUCUCCUUCCUCUUAACGGAGAGCGCGGGGGUGAUGUCCGUGUACCUGUUCAUGAAGAGGUACACCGCCGAGGACAUGUACCGGCCUCACCCCGGCUUCUACCGCCCGCGCCUGAGCAACUGCUCCGACUACUCGGGCCAGUUCCUGCACCCCGACGCCUGGGUCCGCGGCCGCAGCCCCUCCGACCUCUCCAGCGACGCCUCGCUGCCCAUGAACAGCAACUACCCGGCCUUGCUCAAGUGCCCCGACUACGACCAGAUGUCGUCCUCCCCCUGCUGA